UCUAAGAGACCGUGGCGGGACAAUAAGGCGCACAUGUCUUCCUCCAAAUAAACUCCUUUGCCUUCAGUUCGAUUAUCAGCUGGAAUUUCACAUGAAGCCGAGGCCAGGAGAAUACCCUUACGAGACGGGAUUAAAUCAGCUGAACAUGUCCAUGCUUGAAGUUGACAGGUGCAAUGUGCUAGGUGCCCGAGACUCCAACAUGUCGUCCCCUACCCCGUCCAGCGACACCCUGACCACAGCAUCCAACUCCUCGGACAGCGAGAUGGAGGCCGCUGUCAACACCAAAUGCUCCUUGUGCAAUGAAACUUAUACAAUUCCCAAAGUGCUGACUUGUUUCCACACAUUUUGUCAGCCAUGUCUGGAGAAGCUGCAGGUGUCGGCGGAGAAGAUAAGCUGCCCAGAGUGCCACCAGGACACCUAUCUGACCCCACAGGGCUUAACAGGCCUCAUGUCCGACUAUGCAGUCAGCAAUAUCUUGGAGUCGUUCGCUUUGGAGUCCAGUGCCCUACACUGCACUGGUUGCAAGAGCAAGGAUAUGAGUGCUGUGGCAAGAUGUUUCGAUUGCGCCAAUUUCUUGUGCUCCAACUGCGUGAUGGCUCACCAGUUCAUGCACUGUUUUGAAGGUCACCGGGUCAUGACCAUGGGAGAGCUGCAGGGCAGUAAAGAUGAUGUCAAGUCAGAGAAAGCUAUCAAUUGUCCCCGCCACAAAAAUGAUACCCUCAAAUACUUCUGCAAGACCUGCUCUGUUCCCAUCUGCAAAGAAUGCACUUACAUGGAGCACAGCCGAGGCCAUGAGUACCAGUUCAUGUCUGAAAUUGGUGGCAAACAAAUUGAAGACAUGCGACACACUGCUGAGGACGCCAAACUAAAGGCUGGAGAACUAAGAGGAGCAGCUAAGGGCAUUGAACACACCUCCAACCGUUUGCAGGUCCACUACCACAAGGCUCAAAACGACAUCAAUGACACCCACAAUUUCUACAUUGCAAUGCUGGAGGAAAGGAAGCAGGAGUCCCUGAAAGAAUUGGAUGAAAUUUUUAAUGGAAAGAAGGUCUCGCUCAGCACUCUAGCUCAAAAAAUGCAUGAGAAUAUCGACCGACUGUACCAAGGAUGUGACUUUCUUGACAAACUUUUGAAACAUGCUAAUUCCACUGAAAUACUUCUCUUCAAGAAUUUCAUCGACCAAUGUUUUCACAAUUUGCUCAACAGUGUCCCAGACAUUAACAACCAAUUGAAUAUGUUUGACAUAGAGUUUGUGUCAAACUUCCAGGCCAUCCAGACUGGGAUCCGAAACACAUUCGGCUAUGUGCGUCAAGGAAAUGAGCUCCUCCAACCCAUCACCAAACCUCAGCCCAUUGCCCGUCCUAAUGGAAUGGCUCCCACCAGCAAUGGCCUGUCCAAUAGCCAUAUAUUUGAGGCGCCCAACUUAACCAAGCAGUACCCUUCAACAAAUAACCUUUUCUACCCAGCAGCCGACACCAACCCCUAUGAGAAGUGGUCUAGCGGCUUGGAUAUUUUCCACAAUGGCAUUGAUGUGUUCUCCACCAGCUCUGAUCCAAUCAUAGACCUCACCUCCAAGCUGAUCAACACCAACCUGUACCCUCCAAAGUCUCAGAUCAAACGCCAAAAGAUGAUAUACCAUUGCAAGUUUGGGGAAUUUGGAGUACUUGAAGGCCAGUUUACAGAGCCCAGCGGAGUCGCUGUCAAUGCCCAGAAUGAUAUAAUAGUGGCUGACACAAACAACCACCGAAUUCAAAUCUUUGACAAGGAAGGGCGGUUCAAGUUCCAGUUUGGGGAAUGUGGGAAGAGAGAUGGCCAAUUGUUGUAUCCUAACCGUGUGGCAGUAGUAAAGACCUCUGGAGAUAUCAUAGUUACCGAGAGAAGCCCAACCCACCAGAUCCAAAUCUUCAACCAGUAUGGUCAGUUUGUCAGGAAGUUUGGGGCAAACAUUCUGCAGCACCCACGAGGAGUAACCGUUGACAACAAGGGGCGAAUUGUUAUUGUUGAAUGUAAAGUCAUGAGAGUGCUCAUCUUUGACCAGUAUGGCAAUGUCCUCAACAAGUUUGGCUGCUCCAAACAUCUGGAAUUCCCCAAUGGCGUGGUGGUCAACGACAAAGAAGAAAUCUUCAUCAGCGACAACCGUGCCCACUGCGUGAAGGUUUUCAACUACCAAGGGGUGUUCCUACGACAGAUUGGGGGAGAAGGCAUCACUAACUACCCCAUUGGAGUCGGCAUCAACAGUGCUGGGGAAAUUCUGGUGGCAGACAACCACAACAACUUCAAUCUAACCAUCUUUACUCAAGAUGGCCACCUGAUCAAUGCCCUGGAGAGCAAGGUGAAGCAUGCCCAGUGCUUUGAUGUGUCGCUGAUGGAUGAUGGCUCCGUGGUGCUGGCCAGCAAGGAUUAUCGUCUCUACAUCUACCGCUAUGCCCAGGUGCCAAGCCUUGGUCUUUAGACCCUUCUAUUUUGGUUGUGUGGUCAGUGCUUGUCCAAAUGCAGUGGCUGUGCUAGUUGGUUGUUGCCAUUUUCCCAGAGGAGAAAGUUAUUUGUUGUUUGGGUAAAGACUGUCCUUUGUUUACAAGUUGAUAAAAUUUUUAUUAUAAAUUGAACAUUGACCAAAUGAAGGCUGCUGUGGAGAUUACUUGCUAGUCAGGUUUUGAACGUCGCUUUGUUUGUUUUUAUACACAAGUCGAUCUAAGGGACUAGUUGGAGUCCGUGAUUGAGUAUAUUAUAAUAGUCACAAUUCAGAAAAUCUGCCAAAUUCUGGAAGGUGACGUGUCAGUAUUCAACUUGUCCAUUUUGAACUGGGCAAAGAGCCAAGAAUUGUCGCAGUUAUAAUUCUGUACCUGUAUUUGUUUCAGUGUGCAACAAAGCUAAGUUUUGUGCUUUGCACAGUGGCUGGUCUGUUUUUUGGAGGGAGACUGAACUUCGGGUUCAAUUUAUGUCCCCUAAGCUACUACAUCAACAUUGAACUGUUUAAUACCAUUCCCAAAACUUAAUCACUGUUGUCAGUCUGUGUUCAGUACCUAGCAGUGGAGCAUCAUGACCGGCUGCGUCAUCAACGACAGACUGCGUGCCACUUGCAAAAGUAUUUCACAGAUCUUGUAUACAGAUGUUCAAACGUUCUUGGCCUGUCGUUUUUAUGUGUCUUUCUUCUAUUUUUCCAUCUUGUGUUUUCUUUAUUUUGUGUUUAAUUAGCAAAUUUUGUUUGAAAAAGUGUGGGCUGUUGUUGGUUUAAUGUGAUGGUUUACUAUUAUUGUUUUCUGUUGAUAAAUUGUAGUUCACUAUCAUUACUAUUUUAUCUGUGCCUACCUCAUCAAACUGCAAUAGAUUUGGUUCAGUGUUAUUUGUGCAACUAUCUCGAUAUCAAUGUAUGCUGUUAGUCCGUGUUAAAGCUGUUGUUAAUAUUAUGAUUUCUCUGUAGCAUGAAGCAUAUCAGAGGGUAAUUGUCUGAGUUUCAGGACACUAUCUCACCUGAAUCCUUUAACUUUAGUUUGUUGCCCUUGUUAUCCCUCUAUUUAUUAUUUUUGUCCUUGGAGAUGUGAUAUUUGCUUGAAGGCUCUGCUAUCCGUAAUCUUUAUAUAUUAUCUACUUACAAAAGCACAUCACAACAAAGUGUUCUUGCAUGGUCCGUCUGUAGUAGGUGUGCUGCCGAGUUCGUGCCACUCAAACAAAACAUCAAUUCAAUUGCUAAAAGCUUAUUUUUUUCGUUGAUCACUUGACUAUAGUGCAAUUUUGAGCCCUUUUAUUGAACAGUUUGUUACUAGACUAAUUUGCAUACAAAGAGUAUUUAUAUUUUUGUAAUAUGAUUAGAUGUGAGCAUGUUGUAGGGUCCACAAAUACCAAUGGUGGACAAUGCUUUGUGUGAAAUCCAAAUAUAUUCCAUUGUAAGUUUUAUUUAGUAUAGUUUUGGCUACUAUUGAAAUGUUAAACUUUUGACAAAAAUAGAUAAUGCAUUUUAUAUUUAUAUAUCUCCAUUUGUCAGAAUGAGUAUAUUCUGUAAAACUGUUGUACCACAAUUGGCUAUGAAGUUAAAAUAUCUCUUCAAAACGGAACAAAUGUUGAUCUGUAUUUUAGACAUCAUAAUACAUGUGUACCACAUCAGAUAUUGUCCUUCAUUGUUGGCACAUUUACCACCACAGUUAGUGUCUUCCUAUUGCAGACAGCUCUUGCUAAUUAAUCAAAAUCUUGAGAUUUUUAAAAUAUUACAAAAAUAUUCUUCUAGGGCAAAACUGAAUGCAUUCUUUCUUACUUGUAUUAACUGUCAGAGUUUUAAUAUUUGCCUUGGAACUGCUGGUACCUCGUCUUUGCUUUUUGUUAUCUCUGUACCGGAUUUUCUACACCUGCUAUUGGCUGCUGAAGCAGGAGUUUUAUGAAUGUCCUUAAGAGCUAAUCACUAUAUUUUUAACAGGGUGAUGUUUCAUCAUCAUAAUCAUGGCUGUUUGUGUAAUUUUGUCCCUUCAGUUUAGAUUCCUUAAGUUUUGUGGGGAUCUGUUUCCCCACUCAUGUCACAAACCAUUAUCAAUUGGUGCUAAUCAUGUGGAAUCGCAACAGAUUAUCUGCAACCUCUUGCUCUGUUAAAUUUGUUACCUUGUUAAAACAAUGGUCAUUUCAGAACUUUUAUUGCAAGAUUCAUUAUCACCAUUGAAGAUUUGCCAUCAUUUCAUAUUCUCAUCUUGUUUUUAAUGAUGCAUGUGGUGGGAGGUUUACUGUUGGAUUGUGCUGAGGUGACUGGUAGCACUUCAGCCUCGCAGCCUAGACACUCUUUCUCAUUGAGAUUGUCUAUAAAAAAAAAAAUCAAAAAAAAAAAAAAUUCUGGCCAAAAAAAAAUACAUGUAUAUAUAUUGAAAAGGCAGGAACAAAAACAAAACAAAAAAACCCCUGUCAUCUCCGUGAACAAAUUCAUUUCCAUUUCUAAGUUGAAUUUCAGUUUUUUUAUUCAGUUUCUUUCUGACAAUUUUCUAACUUGAAUGCUCAGUAGACAGUAAAGAUUUUUGUGACUGGAUUAAAUUAGUUACCUGUUGCUAAGUUAUUAUGUGAUAUUUAAUUGUGUUAUUUAUUUAUUUGAAUUGAAAGCUGUAUUGAUAUCCCCCUACCCCCAACCAUCCUGCCAUGACACUUAUUUGUGCCAGAACUUUAUUGUUGUUACUGUCAUAAUGUCACAUUUGGAACUUGCAUUACUUGGCUGUUGAUUGUAUUAAAGUCCUCCCUGGAGUGAGGAGACCCAGUCUGGUGGCCCAACACACACCAUUACAUAUUUAUGUCUUUAGUUUUAAUAUUAAAAGCUAAGUACUUAUUUAAUACAGUCUCAGCUUCAGUGUACAUGUAAUUUAUCAAGUUUUAAUUUUUUUUUUGUUUUCUUUUUUGCGUUAUAACUUUAAUUUAUUUUGAUACCUAUAUUAAUUGUUCAAUAUUAGGUUGAUUAAGCUAGUAACCAAACUACAUGUACAUGAUAGAGUUAACCUGUGUGAAAGGCCUGAGCUGGUGUUGACUGCCAGUGUUCAGUGGGUGAACUCAAGCCCAGCUAUUAACCUAGUAAGAUUGAAUGUUGAACUUUAUAGACAGACUAGCAUAAUUUGCCACUGGACAGAUGUGUGUAUUGGCUGACCUAGGUGUAUGCAGACCACAGUUGUCCCUGAUCUAAGGUAAACUUCUUUUCUCAAUGUAAUGCUAUGCAAUCACAAAGUAACGUAGUGUAUGUAUUGUGGAUUUGGUGUGAUUUUAGACGUGACUGAACCACUUUUUGUAUCAGAAAAUAUUUUUCAAAUUUGCCAUUGAUAUGUAGUAGAGGAUGGACUGUUUGAUGCCUGGUUUUGAGGCCUCCUGCAUGUCAGUAACUUGUAUGGUUAAAUGUACACCUGUUCAUUUGUUCACUCCCAAAGUCCACAGUUAUAUUGUUGAACUCUAAUCUGGUGCUUAAAGCUUCUUAUAGGAUCUGUUUUUGUCAAGGCAUAAUUUCUGCAGCUGGCCGAGGUUGGACCUUUUGUCCCGCCAGACCAAUCUGCCGUCAUGUUAUCAUGCACAGUCACAUUCUCAUCACUACCACUAUUUUUCCACUUGUUAUUCAUCAUUAAACUUCCUUAUAUUUUUAGUCUGGCAUAUUUUGCUGGGUCAGUUGAAAAUAAGACGUUCCACCCUUUUUCAUUCAGUGGAACUUUGUAAUGAGCCAAAUGUGUUUUGAUUAUAAAUGGACAAUUGAUCGAGACCAUUCUUGUUUGGAACUGGUGUAUUGUCCACACAAAUUUUGAGAACCGAUCCAUGUGUGUUUUUUGUAAUGGUUUGUUUAUUAACAGUUUAAUUAACAGUUAGAAUAGCAAUAUUUGAUUGUUACACAAAGAGGAGAAAAAAAUCUUAAAAAAUGAGAAUUUGAUGUUUGCCUCAUCUACUCUGUACAUCUUCCGUGGCUAAAUGAACAAAAGUUGCUAUGUCAGUAAAUUUUAAGAGUCUAGAAUUGUACAAAUGUUGUGGCGAGAAAUUCUUGGCUACUAAUAUUGUGCUCACAGUUAGUAUUGUCUGUUGCAGUAGAGUGUUAAUUCGGUGUUCUAGUUCUGUGUAAAAUGUUAAAUAUAUAUAUAUCUACCGUUACAUUUUGAUGUGAUAUUGUAACCAUAGCAACCCCAAAGUUCAGUCCAUCUAGCAGAAACCUGAAGUAACAAGGUGCUGAUGUUGAUUUCACUUAGUAUUGUUCGUGUGCUUAUCAGAAUAUUACUAUCACAAGUUACCUUUUUGACCGUUAAAUUGUGUAAUUUUCCAUAUUUUGUUACUAUAGUGUUUAUAUGUGGUGUGUUUUUGUUGGUUUUUUAUUAUUAUUAUUAUUAUUAUUCUGAGGAUUUAUGUAGUAAAUUUUUGCCCUUGUUGAUAAUCCUUCUGCCAAGACUGCAGAGUAAUUUGUUGCCAUAGAGAUAAAGCAUUUGCAUGAGCAGCUGUCAGUAUUGAGUGUUGAAUGAGUCAUCGGGUGGAAGAGUGGUGACUCAUGGCUGUUGGGGCAAUAGGGGUGGGGAAGGGUACCAGGGAGCCGUCUUUAUCCAAGCCCACAGCCAGCUCUGAACAAUUGCUAUCCCAAAUCAAUAACGCAAACCUUGUGCUCAUGUCUUAAAGCAGACUGAGGUCUUCAUGCUCCACUUUCCGUGUGAACAAAGUAUGUUGGCUUUACAGAACUGAUGUUUUUCUGUUAUAAAAUACUGUUUUUCACCUACUACAAUCUUUUGCUGGCUCAACACUGACUUCAGAAGAUAAGCCAUGGGCUGUAGAUAUACAUUCCUGUCCGUUCAAGUGACAGAAAACUGUUUUUGCAAACUCCAGCUAGGACUGAUGUCGGAUCGACUUUUAACUGUCUUUUAUUCCACAAUAUUCCAAAGUUGGCCAGUUGUUUGUUGGAGAGCUGUUUCUGGUCUUUGAUCUUUUACCUCAUUUUAAAUCGCUUACUAUUUUAAUCCUGAAUCUCAUGGGGUGCAAAGGCUGUCUAAAGAGUUUCAGACUUCUCCGUGAAAUUCAUCGAAAGAAAGGUUCUUCGUAGAAGUCCUGUUUUUAUUAAUUUUUAAAUGGUUAAAGAAUCACCCGCUUCAUCUUCCCUUCCACAGACAGCAUUAUAGUUACAAUUCAGUAUGCAAUCUUGGACCAGCAAGUGCCAGUUAAUUUUGGUUUGAUCGUUGUUAACAAUUGCCUACACAUUCCAUAAUUGCCUGUUUGAAAAAAAAAAUGUUAAAAAAAGUUUUUUCUUUUAUGUUUUUUUUUUCCUUUUUUUUUUUU